UGCAGCCCGUUUGCUAGCUGGGUAUAUUUAGCUGAUUGCAUUAUCGGAUCAGAUUUAGCCUGCAGUCCAGCAGAGUAGUGAACGUUAUUUCAGGUGAAUUCUGACUAGUAGUUAGCGAAGUAGUUAAGCUAACGUGAACAGCAGCCGUCUUUUUUCAGAAAAGUCUAGGUUAUCUGUAAGGAGCGAAAACAAACCAUUUCGGACAUGUCUUCAGACGAAGACAGGGCCAAGGAAAUUUUGAAGGGCUUCAAACUAAACUGGAUGAAUCUUCGGGAUGCAGAGACGGGCAAAGUGCUGUGGCAGGGAACGGAGGACCUCUCUGUACCGGGAGUAGAGCACGAAGCUCGUGUCCCAAAGAAGAUCCUGAAGUGUAAAGCAGUGUCCAGAGAGCUCAACUUUUCUUCCUCAGAGAAGCUGGAGAAGUUCAGACUGGAGCAGAAAGUUUUCUUCAAAGGACAGUGUUUAGAAGAGUGGUUCUUUGAGUUUGGUUUCGUUAUCCCCAACUCCACCAACACAUGGCAGUCUCUGAUAGAAGCGGCUCCAGAGUCCCAGAUGAUGCCAGCCAAUGUUUUAACUGGUAAUGUUAUCAUAGAGACCAAGUUCUUCGACGAUGACCUGCAUGUCAGUACUUCCAGGGUACGGCUUUUCUACGUCUGACAUUUAACCCCCCCAAGUCUACCUUCCUGAAUGCUGACACCCUGCCAAGGUCUGUAAAUACCCAAGGUUAGCUACAAUUCACAGCGGUAAAGAGCUCUUUGCUGACGUGGGAUCAGCAUGUUGGGGUGAAACCCAGCUGUGGCGCCACAAUCAGUCAAGUGAGCUCGUGUUCUCUAGUUUUGUCUCGACUUGAAAACCUCUGGACCUUGGAAGAAGAGGGAAGAGGAGAGAGAGAACUCGAUUGCUUCCCCUGUUCCAGGAUCACCUCUCUCUCUGUUUUCCCCUUCAGACUGUUUCACUGUAAACACGUGAUCACUGAUCUCAAGUCAGCUAGGGAAGCCCUCUUGUGUUUUUUCUUUUUUGUAGUGCUGCCCUAUCUCACUCCCAGGUAGCAUUUACUCAGGAACAGAACAGAUGUGUAACCUUCUGUGAAUAGAUAUCAUGUUUUCUAAUCUCCAUGUGUCAUGUCAUGGCUGGUCAAAGAUGGACUGUUGUUGUUGAGGGAAGGUGAU